GUGCCGUUUCCCCCCAUGGUUUCUGCUCUCCCAGAGUAACUUGGCGCUGGGCUCAGAUCAUUAUACAGUCCCAUAUUCUCCCUCCAUUAAGGCAUCUUUCUACCUUUUGGGCUGAACAGAAAUCCCCCCUAACCCAAGAGGAAAGAGUCCAACUUUUGAGGGCGAUAUGGACAUGAAAAAGAGAAUUCAUUUGGAGCUGAGGAACAGGACACCAUCUGAUGUACGAGAACUUGUCCUUGACAACUGUAGAUCAAAUGAAGGGAAAAUUGAAGGCCUUACAGUAGAUUUUGUAAAUCUUGAAUUUUUAAGUUUGAUAAAUGUUGGUCUACUUUCAGUCUCCAACCUUCCAAAACUCGGAAAGCUUAAAAAGUUGGAACUCAGUGACAACAGAAUCUCUGGAGGCCUUGAUGUUUUAGCUGAAAAACUCCCCAAUCUCACACAUCUAAACCUAAGUGGAAACAAACUGAAAGACAUCAGCACAUUGGAACCCUUGAAAAAGCUUGACCAUUUGAAGAGUCUCGACCUUUUCAAUUGUGAAGUCACAAACUUAAAUGACUACCGGGAAAGUGUCUUCAAGCUCCUUCCGCAGCUCACAUAUCUAGAUGGCUAUGACAUGGAUGACCGAGAGGCAUCGGACUCUGAUGGAGAAGCUGAUGGAGUUGAUGAUGAUGAUGACGAGGAAGGAGAAGACGAAGAUGAGGAUGGAGAGGAGGAAGAGUUUGACGAAGAAGAAGAUGAGGAUGAUGAUGAAGAUGAGGUUGAAGGCGAGGAUGAUGAUGAGAGUGGAGAUGAUGAGGAGGAAGACUUUGGUCAGGAUGGAGAAGUAGAUGAUGACGAUGAUGAUGAUGACGAAGACGACGAAGAAGAAGAAGAGCAAGGGGGAAAGGGUGAGAAGAGAAAACGAGAAGCAGAUGAUGAAGACGAGGAAGACGAUGACGAGGAGGAUGAUUAAGAGCCGAGGAACAACUCUGUUACCAACCCUUCCCUCCCUCUCCUUUUCAACAACUUGGCUAUCCCAUCAACCUUGCUAUCCCUCCACCCCCUCUUUCUACCCAAGCGCUAAGCUCCCUGUGGGGGCAAGACUGUACCGGACGGGUGGAGCUGUGCAUAUGGAGCCUACGAGCUGAAUGAGAGCCUUCUGGAUCGGUGGCUUACUCGGCAUUCCACAAGUCUACUGUCAAUCCCCUGCCCGUUUGUGUUUCAAAACCUGUGGGGACUUUGGGGACUGGUAUUUAGUUUUGGGUCUGUGCUUUUAAUAUUUUGUUAAAUGAAAGUUUUUCUUCUCUUUUUUUUGACAUUUCCUCCCCAUUUAGUUUUUGUUCCAAAUUUCCCAAUAAGAAUGCUAUAGCAACGUGUAACAAGCCAGCCAUAAUUUUAGUGUGGCAGUCUGUGGCACAAAUCAAGGUUGUAGCUACAUUUUUACUUUCUGUAAGACAAAAACAAACUUUGUAAAUAAAAUAACAUUUUGUGCUUUG